CCCUUCCUGCGGGGUAAGAGUGGAAAAAUUUUUGAGCGAGCGGGCAGCAAUUCAACAGAGCCUUUCGAGUUCGUGCUUGCGCCAGUUGGUGAACUGGUUUCCUCCAUGCAUUGGUGCCUAAUGCGCCGGAGGCAUUGCCGGAUGAAGAAAGCGGUUUGCUCGCCCCAUCAUUCAACGUUGUUCCAGACAAAACGCAUUUAUUUGCUGGCUGCUCAACCUUCUACGUCAUUCACCUCAUGACGGCCUUACCUCGAAUUAUAUUUUUUAUCCUUUUUUAAUCGGGCCAUGUGAUCAUAUCUGUGAAAAGGUUGAUAUAUUGAGUUGUGUUUGAGGGCACUAUCGAUGACUUGUCGUCUCGGAUACUGUUCCUGUAAAAUCGAACAAUAAAGGCCUGAUCGGGCCGGUCAACUUCAUUGGACGAGAAAAAGCAAACAUCUUCGGUUGCCGUAUUUAUCCCCUUUUUCGGCGCUUCAAGGAUUCGGAUAUUGUGCUUCAGUAUAGCGCCCGAGCGCAUACUCAACCCAUCUCCCUUCUAUUCGAACUGUAUUGGCAUCCCAGAGGCACCCUUUGAUGGCCUUCGUAGAGGAAGCCCUCGAUUCGACGAUAGACUUCGAGAAUGUCGAGGCGAACGGUGUUACAAUGAUUAUCGGCAGAGGGCAGAUGGUAUACUGGAAGGGGUGCAAUGUUACCGUCCUUGAGAAAGAUAGUGCAGGGGAGGAACGGUUCAGGAAGCUUGUUGGUAUGCCUGAUGGGCAGGGACAGGUUGAAUCCGGUACUAAGUUGUACGUCACUGAUGGAAAAGUCAAAGAAGCGUAGAAAGGCAGUUGAGAGUCCUGUUUGCAUUCUAGGUAUAUAGUUUGUUUUGUAUUUUAACACCGCCUUCUAAACCGAGAGCCAAGUUGAUAAUGGCCCCAUUCCUUGUGAGUAUCAUUGACACACACUCUGCUACAUGCAUUCCUUCCGCCAGUUCCUUCCUGCGUAUUGGGCUUUCGGCAAUUGCGUCAUGUAUCUCAGGACCGAAUACAUUGACAAUAGCUUCAUCGGGGACACCUUUCAAUGUCGCUUCGGAGUUGGGAAUGAUCAAAGUAACACCAUUGUUUAAAACAAGGUGCCGAACUUGAUUCACCCAUUUUAAUUUUGCGCCGAAUAACGCCAUCAUAAGCCAUUCCACGCUCCAUUCGCUGACUUCCAGGCUCAUGAGACAAUCAACUGUUCCCGCCCAAAUAGGGAACACCGUCGUCACGGCAGCUUUUAAUUCAUCCCUAACUAUGAAUCUUCUGAUUGCGGAUGCCAUGUCUUGACUAAAGGUUUUCACAACCGUUUGCAAGGAAGCAUUUUCGAAUACUCGCUGUUCUGGUGCUGGAUUAAAGUUCGGAUUGUUCGAGAUUUCAGGUGUUCCCAAAAGCUCAAAUUGCGCCUCAUUGCAAGGACCCCCGCUGGCGGAGUCAGUCGUCCUGGAUGUUCGAUUACACCUCGGUGUUUCUGGUAGAUCGACCGUCGUUGGAAGACGCACUGGGCCUGCGUGGCCAUGGUCCAUGGCUUGUGGUGGGCUGCAUGAGCCCUGGCUCAUGGGAGGCUCAGUGUAU